GCCGCGGGGCUGCCGGGAAGGGCAUACGUGCAAGCGAAGUCCAGGACCUCGAGAAUGGCUUCUCCGAGAGUGUUCCCACUUUCCUGUGCCGUUCAGCAGUAUGCCUGGGGGAAGAUGGGGUCCAGCAGUGAAGUAGCACAGCUGCUGGCCAGCAGUGACCCACUAGCCCAGAUUUCAGAGGACAAGCCUUAUGCAGAGGUGAGACCCGGGCUGUAUUUCAGCCCACCUUACCUGCAGUUGUGGAUGGGGACACACCCCCGGGGAGAUGCCAAGAUUCUUGACAACCGGAUCACACAGAAGACCUUAGGUCAAUGGAUUGCUGAGAACCAAGACUGCUUGGGCUCAAAGGUCAAGGACACCUUUAAUGGCAACCUGCCCUUCCUCUUCAAAGUGCUCUCAGUUGAAACAGCCCUGUCUAUCCAGGCACACCCUAACAAGGAGCUGGCAGAGAAGCUGCACCUUCAGGCUCCACAGCACUAUCCUGAUGCCAACCACAAACCAGAGAUGGCCAUUGCCCUCACCCCUUUCCAGGGCUUAUGUGGCUUCCGGCCUGUGGAGGAGAUUGUAACCUUUCUGAAGAAGGUGCCUGAAUUCCAGUUCCUGGUUGGAGAUAAUGCAGCAACACAGCUGAAGCAGAGCAUGAGCUGUGACUCUCAGGCUGUAGCCUCUGCUGUGCAGAACGGUUUCUCCCACCUGAUGAAGAGUGAGAAGAAGGUGGUGGUGGAGCAGCUCAACUUGUUGGUGAAGCGGAUAUCCCAGCAAGUGGCUGCUGGAAACAACGUGGAGGAUAUCUAUGGUGAGCUUUUGCUGCACCUGCACCAGCAGUACCCAGGAGAUAUCGGUUGUUUUGCCAUCUACUUCCUGAACCUGCUUACCCUGAAGCCAGGAGAGGCCAUGUUUCUGGGGGCCAAUGUGCCCCAUGCCUACCUAAAAGGAGACUGUGUGGAGUGCAUGGCAUGUUCAGACAACACAGUGCGUGCUGGCCUGACACCCAAGUUCAUCGAUGUGCCAACUCUGUGUGAAAUGCUCAAUUAUACUCCCAGCGCCAGCAAGGACAGGAUCUUUCUGCCAACACGGAGUCAGGAAGACCCCUACCUCUCCAUCUAUGACCCCCCUGUGCCAGACUUCACCAUUAUGAAGAUGGAGGUCCCUGGCUCCAUGAUUGAAUACAAGGUCUUGGCACUAGACUCUGCCAGCAUCCUCCUGAUGGUGCAUGGAACAGUGACAGCCAGCACACCCACAGCCCAGACAACAAUCUCCCUGCAGCGUGGUGGGGUCCUCUUCAUUGGGGCCAAUGAGAGUGUCUCACUGAAGCUUACUGAGUCUAAGGACCUGCUAAUAUUCCGUGCCUGCUGCCUGUUAUAGAGGCUGCAGCCUCCUUAGCUGUCCCCUGUCAGUCACCCCAAAUCCUGGCUGACCACUUCCUCAGGCCCAGCCCAAGCCCCUUUCCCUUAUCUGGACUCCCCAGGUACUUCCUGGAAGAGUGAGCUUGUAGGUAGUGACACCCGAGUAUACCUAGGCGGAACCAUGUUCUCUGGGGAGGAGGGACCCACAUGAGGGGCCUGAUACUCCUUGUACCUGCUAUCACUGCUUGCCACACCUGAGCCAGGCUCUUUCCAACUCUAAAGGCAGCAGCUCUGCUCCAGCCUGUAGCACUAGGCUAUCUGGUGAAAUCUGUGACGUUAGUGUGUCAGAGCAAGAGACAGGGUUUCUAAGGACAGGGUUCUUGCCCUAGGACUGCCUGUUUCCUAGGCUGCAGAAAAGGAAAGGGCAGCCUGGUGGAAUGAUGUGACUUACAUUUCUUGCUCUGUCAAAGCAAUUAAAGGUCACUUGUGUUGUGGCUGUUGGGUAAAAACA